UGGAGAUUCAACCUUAAGUUAGCCUCUACACCUCCUUGGCUUACUCCUCCUCAAACCCUUAGGCAAUCUAAUAAGUUUCAUUUGCUAAGAUAAAUAAGAAUAAAAACCAAAGAAAAGAAAAAAGGUCACUUACCCAGCAAGGCUAAGGAGGAAGAAUUUAGAGAGAAGACAGAAUCUGAGUGGUGGUGUCAUUCUUCUGUGACUUUUAAGAAGAAAAAUUCAUUAAGGCAUUUAAGUAAACCAUUACAGCCCAAUCCAAAACACAUCCAAUUACCAUAAUAUCCUACCAAGCCAGCCACAACCGCUUCAUCAAGCACAAUAAGUUUCCAUUCCAAACCUAAAAAACCCCCCAACAUUAGUGUUAAUAAAGGAUUAACUUAAUAUUAUUCAAAUUCUGAUUUUAAUAAUGUUCUUGAAAUGGUUGUUUCUUUAGGAAUAGUCUUAUAUUUGCAUUUAGAAUUCUUAUUGAAUCUUUAGGUCUUACCUAGAUGGCAGGUGUUGAUAAUGAAGUUCUUAUUAUUGAGAAUAAUGAUGAGGCUUCUGUUUGGAUUCAAAAGCAUGAAGAAAUUUUCAUUGAACUUAUGGAAGAAGAAGUCUUAAAGGAAAAUAAGAAUACCACAACCUUUACCAAGCAAUCAUGGAAAUAUAUAGGGGAAGAGCUUUGUGGACGAGCAAAAAGAAAUUAUAGUGAUAUGCAACUAAGGAACAAAUACAAUCAAUUAAAGCAAAAGCAUAAAGAUUUUAAGUUUUUACUGAAGGAGACUGGUAUGGGAUACAAUGCAGUGACUGGAGAAGUUAGUGCGACAGAUGAAGUUUGGGAUAAACUUCUUCGGGUUAACAAGUCUGCUAAAAGAUUUAGAAAGAAAGGUUGUAAGUUUUAUGAGAAAUUAUGCACUAUCUUUGGUGAUACUACUGCAAAUGGUUCCAAUGCUCAUCCUUCAACUCGAAGUCCUUCUAAUGAUGAUGAUGCCGUCGAUAAGUCCUUCUACUAUGAAUGAAGAAAGUGGUUUUGAUGAGGAUGGUAACAAAAGAAGAGGUAAAUCAACAGCCACUUCGAACUCUCGAUCAGUAAAAAGAGCAAAGUUCUCAUCAGCUUUGGCAGAUGCACUGGCAACAUAUAAUGAAACUGCAAAGCGAAAGACAGAAUUGAUAGAGAGAUCAAUGGCAACAUCUGCAUCACAUUACUUAUUGGAUGAGAGUGUUGAAGCUCUUAAUCAAAUUGAUGGAAUUAGUGGAGAAGUAUACGCAAAAGUUAUUGAGGAGCUUGAGAACGAGGUGUCCAGAGCAUUGUUUCUAAAGAUGUCAGAGCAUAGAAGAAUAAAUUGGUUGCCGAAUUUGAAGUGAAAAAGUUUAGACUUUGUUUAGCUAUGAACAAGAUGACUUUAUUUAGCUAUUAACUUUAGUUUUGUUUAGCUUUUGAUUGGAUGACUUUGUUAAGCUAUUAACAAAGUCAUCCAGUCAAUAGCUAAUAAAGUCAUCCAGUCAAUAGCUUUUGAUUGGAUGACUUUGUUAAGCUAUUUACUGGAUGACUUUAUUAGCUAUUAACUGGAUGACUUUGUUAAUAGCUUAACAAAGUCAUCUAAUCAAAAGCUAAACAAAACUAAAGUUAAUAGCUAAAUAAAGUCAUCUUGUUCAUAGCUAAACAAAGUCUAAACUUUUUCACUUCAAAUUCAGCAACCAAUCUAUUCUUCUAUGCCCUGGCAUCUUUAGAAACAAUGCUCUGGACACCUCAUUCUCAAGCUUCUCAAUAGCUUUUGCGAAUACUUCUCCACUAAUUCCAUCAAUUUGAUUAAGAGCUUCAACACUCUCAUCCAAUAAGUAAUGUGAUGCAGAUGUUGCCAUUGAUCUCUCUAUCAAUUCUGUCUUUCGCUUUGCAGUUUCAUUAUAUGUUGCCAGUGCAUCUGCCAAAGCUGAUGAGAACUUUGCUCUUUUUACUGAUCGAGAGUUCGAAGUGGCUGUUGAUUUACCUCUUCUUAUGUUACCAUCCUCAUCAAAACCACUUUCUUCAUUCAUAGUAGAAGGACUUAUCGACGGCAUCAUCAUCAUUAGAAGGACUUCGAGUUGAAGGAUGAGCAUUGGAACCAUUUGCAGUAGUAUCACCAAAGAUAGUGCAUAAUUUCUCAUAAAACUUACAACCUUUCUUUCUAAAUCUUUUAGCAGACUUGUUAACCUACAUGAAAUGAAAUUAUAUUGAUAAAAUAUACUAAUACCUAUCAAAAUAAAUCAAGCAUAAAAUCCAUUUUUACCCGAAGAAGUUUAUCCCAAACUUCAUCUGUCGCACUAACUUUUCCAGUCACUGCAUUGUAUCCCAUACUAGUCUCCUUCAGUAAAGACUUAAAAUUUUUAUGCUUUUGCUUUAAUUGAUUGUAUUUGUUCUUUAGUUGCAUAUCACUAUAAUUUCUUUUUGCUCGUCCUCAAAGCUCUUCCCCUAUAUAUUUCCAUGAUUGCUUGGUAAAGGUUGUGGUAUUCUUAUUUUCCUUUAAGACUUCUUCUUCCAUAAGUUCAAUGAAAAUUUCUUCAUUCUUUUGAAUCCAAACAGAAGCCUCAUCAUUAUUCUCAAUAAUAAGAACUUCAUUAUCAACACCUGCCAUCUAGGUAAGACCUAAAGAUUCAAUAAGAAUUCUAAAUGCAAAUAUAAGACUAUUCCUAAAGAAACAACCAUUUCAAGAACAUUAUUAAAAUCAGAAUUUGAAUAAUAUUAAGUUAAUCCUUUAUUAACACUAAUGUUGGGGUUUUUUAGGUUUGGAAUGGAAACUUAUUGUGCUUGAUAAAGCGGUUCUGGCUGGCUUGGUAGGAUCUUAUGGUAAUUGGAUGUGUUUUGGAUUGGGCUGUAAUGGUUUACUUAAAUGCCUUAAUGAAUUUUUCUUCUUAAAAGUCACAGAAAAAUGACACCACCACCACUCAGAUUCUAUCUUCUCUCUAAAUUCUUCCUCCUUAGCCUUGCUGGGUAAGUGACCUUUCUUCUUUUCUUUGGUUUUUAUUCUUAUUUAUCUUAGCAAAUGAAACUUAUUAGCAUAAUGAAAUUUUAUUUAAUUAUUAUUUUACAAAUUUCAUGAUAACUCUUUUGCAAAAUUGUGUAUUGUUGGUGUAAGCUACAGCUCCCCAAUACAUGGAUCAACAAUAAGAAAACUUUCCACUUAUUGUAUCUUCUUACUUAAA